CGCGCCGCCCCGCCGCCGUCAAUCGCUGCUUGGCCCUGCCCAAGGCUGCAAGGCUCGACUUUCUUCCUGAUCGACGUCGCGAGCGCUUCGUUGUCCCCCUCCUUAUUCCCAACACUGCGAUCAUGGCCAAGGGAAGCCGUAGCAAAGGGCAAGCGGCCAAGGCGCAGCAUCAGAAUCAGCAACAGCACGGCCCUAGAUCGAGCUCCUCUUCCUCAUCAUCACCCUCGUCGUGGGAGCAUCGCAAACGCGGUCCCAGGAGAAGAAAGGCGUCCGAAGUCUCUCUUGAUAGACAGCUAGAAUGGCCCCUCUACACCCUCGCAGCUCUCUUGGUCUGCCACGCCCUCUCUGGCACAGGCUCCCUCUCCCUCGCCCACCUCUCUGCCCACCUCCCCUACUCGAUACAGAAGCUCCUGCCCACCUGGGCGCGUACUCUGCCCAAUCUCGCGCCAUUCGCCUCAGACGUACCGAAUGCCUCGCACGACUUGAAGAGCUUCUUCUUCGGUAGCGGAGGCGGGAGCGCAGCGUGGCUGGAGGGCCAGGCUGGGCCCUUUCGCAGCGAGGCAGCAGGCUUCGGCCACCCACUCACAGCGCUGCAUACAUUCACCAAGGCGUGUCUGGGUCUGUCGUACGCCGUUCGACCUGCGAGCUCAUCAUCAUCAGCAGCAGCACAGGAGCUGCCUUUAGGUCACCCUGCACCAGAGCCCUGGGCCUGGCUUGUGGGGCAGCCGGACACCCUCUACUCCAAGGGCGCAAAGGACGUCCUCUACGUCCUCACCUGGAUUCUCGUCUGGACUGCGCUACGAGCCGCCGUCAUUCGAUACAUGCUCGUUCCCCUCGGUACGCGCUGGGUGACCCGCCCACGCCCGCAGCCAGGCAAGGCUCACCCCUCGCUGCGCGACCGAAAGCUCUGGCACAAGUCCGUAACCCGCUUCGCUGAGCAAGGGUGGGCCGUCGUAUUCUACAUUGCUUCGUGGUCCCUCGGCCUGCACAUUGCCCAUCAAUCGUCUUACUGGCUCAACCCAUCAGGCUUCUGGCAGGGCCACCCGCACCUCGAGCUGGAGGGCAUCGUCAAAUUCUAUUACUUGACGCAAUGCGCCUACUGGUUCCACAUGCUCAUCGUCAUCAAUGUAGAGGCAAGACGAAAAGACCAUUGGCAGAUGUUCUCCCACCACAUCAUCACAAUCGCCCUCCUCGUGGGGUCAUAUCGCGCCCACUUCACGCGAGUGGGCAAUGCCGUCCUGUGCCUAAUGGACCCAUCGGAUAUCCUCCUCUCCUUGGCCAAGUGCCUCCGCUACGUAGGCAUGCAGACGCUCUGCGAUGUGGCAUUUGGAGUCUUUAUGCUGAGCUGGAUCGUCACGCGUCAUGUCCUGUACUGCGUGCUGCUGUGGAGCAGCAUCAAGACGAUCCCUCGCCACCUCUUCGCCCUGGCCACAGCGGGCGCCGACCCGGCUAUGGUCCGCAUAGACUGGUCGCGCGGUCUGCCCGGCCUCGUCGAGCAGUUCUACGACGAAGCUCUUCCGGCGAAUGCGGCGCUUGUGGCUCUGCUGGUCGCGCUGCAGGUCAUCCUGCUCCUCUGGUUCGCCAUGAUUGUGCGCGUGGCCUACAAGGUUAUCACUGGGUCGGGAGCAUCUGAUACCAGGAGCAGUGGAGAGGAACUGAGUGAUGAGGAUGAGAGGGAGGUCAGUAGGCAGGAGGAAAAGGAAGCGGCUGCGCGUAGAAGGGUGGGAGGUGGGGAGAAGGGGUCAAGUAAGCCAGUGGCUGCCAACUCUUCGCCGCAACAGUCUACCCCGACGGCGACAGCAGCAGCAGCAGCAGCAGCAUCAGCGACGCCGAGAGCAGCAGCUGUUCAGCCAUUCGCACGAUCAGAGACAAAUGGCACCGCGGGAGGAGGUGGAGCGGGAGGAGGGGGAAAGAAACGCUCAGGCAAGAAGCGAAAGUAGCAGUCCCGAUCAAAGCAGAAAGAAGAGUGACAAGGGUAAUGCAGGGUUUAUGCAAUGCUUAUCACAUCUCGUGCUCUUGUCUAGCAGAACUAUGCUGG